CCCCCAAAACGCCCUAAAUGAAAUGCUCCAGACCGCAAAGUCCUUAACCGAGAAAGGACUAACUGUCGACGAAACGUUCGUCCUUCACCUCUUCCUGGAUGCCCUUUCGGACGAGUAUGCCAUGACAAAGCACAACCUGCGACACGCGAAGGAGUUGACGCGGACCGGUGUGCUAAAGGAAGUAAUGAUCGAAUACAAGGCGAUCAAGGACAAGCUGGAGCAGGGGAAAGGAAAAGGGGCGAAGGGCGCAGAGCAAGCGUACUUCACCGACGGUGAGGGCCGCAGGGAGCGGUACUCAAGUAGGAGUCAGGGGCAAAGUCGUGGUCGUGGCGGCGGCCGUGGCCGCAGCAGCAGUCGUGGUCGCGGCGGAGGCGGUCGCGGCGGAGGCGGUCGCGGCGGCGGCGGCGGCGGCGGCGGUCGCGGCUGCCGCUCAGGCGGAUCCGGAGGAGUAGAGGAGAGCAAGGGAAGCAGCAGUGGAGGCGCCGAUGGCGGCGGUGGCGGGGACUAUAAGUUCCCGGGCCGGUGCUUGAGGUGUGGACAUCGUGGACAUCAAGCGAUCGGCUGCACUACCAACGAGAAGGACUUCGUGCCGUGGUGUGCGCGCUGCGAGGGGUGGGGCCACACCAAAGAAAAGUGCGCGACGGAGGAGGCCGUCCUAGCGCAAGUGGUGGAGCAUGAGAGCGACGUGGACUCCGUGGAAGACCAGGCAUAUUGUGCCGUGGCAGUCCCCUCAGGCGAGUAAGGUACCGUUGGUGAAGUAGGUCUAGUGGGGGUUGUGGAACAAGGCCAGGCGGUGUACGUGGCC